GCCCAAAAUUCCAAGAGUAAUCCUAGCCCUCGUUGGAGACUCCCGAGAACGUUACCUUUUACCUUUCGCACAAGAAUUGAAACACCCAAGCGUGGUAUGAUAUCUCCCUGAACCCGCAUCUCUUCCCGCUGCCUAAAUUCCUUCUUCUAGUCCUGUAUCCCGUCGUCUUCGCAUAACUCCACCGGCCGUCGUCCCUACCCACCACGCCACGCGUUCACAGCACACUCCUCCUCGUCUUUUAUGAGAGAUUCCAUCCUCCGAAUACAUCUCACAGUUUUUCUGUUGCUUUUGAAUGGUUUUACGGCGUCAUCGACUAAGAUGACCACCAUGGCGUCCUCAGACAAGAUGCUGCAUUGCCUCGUGGACGACUCCGAAUGUCUGUAUCGAAUACAGCGAGAUGUCGACCAAGACAGCAGCAGAAUUGUCUACGUCUAUGUCAGAGACCCGACCAUAAUCCCUGAAAACGCACGCACGCACGGUCCAUCGCUGCUUAAACAUCUUAGGGAGUACUCAGAAUGGAAUCAGCUCUGGACAACCCUAACCAUCCGCAAUGACAACGGUCAAAUUCAAUGCGUACAGGAUGCAUCGCCGCCACACGAGCUACGCCGAGCCGAAUGUCCGGGCGAUUAUCCGUUACUUCAGAUAGCCCAGCUACAAACUCUUCAGGAAUUCAAACAGCGCGUUUCCCAGGUGCAAAGUGGAUCAGAUACCUGCAUCCUCAAAAUUGCAACCUUUGCUCAUGAAAUACCCUCGCUCAGGCAAGAAGUCAAAGUGUAUCAUUUUCUCGCAACGCGACGCAGCACUCUUGUGCCAAGGUUACUCGGGUACGCCUGUGAACAAGAACGGAUUGUUGGGUUUCUUUGCAAAAUGGUCGUUGGACAUGUUCCUUCUACUGACGACGCGGACGCUUGUCAGAGAGGACUUGAAAGGCUCCAUCGUGAAGGUGUUAUUCAUAGAGACAUUAAUAAGUACAACAUUCUCAUCACAGCAGAGGGGCCAAAGUUCAUCGAUUUGGAGCAUGCGACGGUAUGUUUAUUAGAAGGGAAUGAUUGCAGCAAUGCCAAAGGCAAAGAUAUUGAGGAUCUCAUGCUAGCACUAGACGACAAGUCAGGGUUGGGACAGCCGUGGAAAAAAUAAUCCUGAAAUACCUUAGCCGCU